GUGGUUUUACCAAACCAAGCACCGGCGCAUUUGUGCUUGGACUACACUAUUCCGGCGUUGUAUGCGAAUUCGAUUGUCUAUAUUUUUAUUUUGCAUAAUUUAAUAUUUAACCAUGCACAAACGACAGUUGGAGCUUUGCUUAUCUGGAUAUUGUCCAUUGGCUCCAUCUUGACUGGUCUCGUAUUGAUAUCGGAUACGUCAGGUGCACAGACUGUGUCACAUUUGAAUCAAAGGAACUUCCUGUCCCUCAUGGAUUCUCCAAAAGGUCACAUUGAAGCAUUCGUGUCAGUCUGCGAGAAACACAUUUCCAGCGAAAUUGCAAAUGUGAUGAUCGAGUACUUGCUAUUAUACCUUCCGGUUGUUAUCAUAGUGACGUGGGCGCUAGCAAGGAAAUUCCUGCAAACAGGAGAAGUGUCCAUGCUGAAGCUGGCUAUCCUUUCAAACAAAGAAUGCGUCACAAAUUCUCAAACCUGCGACUGUGUGAAACUUAACACUGUUCUGGUUGCCGUUUUGGUCAACUCUGCUAUACUGCUGUUUAUCGCGAAGCCAGGAUACAUGCUGUAUGCGCACGCAACCUCGGGGUACUUCCGGGAUAUAAUUCCGAGUUUAUUGCAAACAGUUCUGUUUACGUAUAUUUGCGCAGAGUAUAUUGGCAAGGUGAUUGUACAGCGAAGACGGGAAAUUCAAACACAACAGGGGUGUAAAUGUGAGACUGAAAACAGCGCGACUGUUUAAGACAAUGUUCAACCAAACAUCUACGAAUUUUGUCGAACGUAUGUAAAUUAUAAAAUCCUUUAGAUUAAUCGUUGUUAAUUGAUCAAUAACCAACUGUUUGGAAUGUAUGGUUUAAAAAUGAAACCACGAGAACGUUUGCACGAGAAGAUUUUGAAAACCCAAUCAGAGCGGAAAAUAGUUGUUUUUAAGGAUACAGAACAAUUCUGCGGAAAUACUCUAAAUAAGGGAACUGAGCGGUUCUUAUAUUAUCAAAAUUGACUGAUAAAGUCCUUGGAAGACUUAUUUGUACACAGCGCAAAUUAUUUUUAGUUUUGUGUUUCAAUCGCUUUCCAUACUAAUAGCGUGGGAAAUAAUGGUUUAUUAUGUCAUAUUUGUGCUACCUACACAAGGUGUAAUGUAUUAAUAAAAUGUUUGAUACGGUCUAAAACUGUGUAAUGACAUAUCAAUCAGAUACCAAAACGUGCAAUAUUUAGUACAAACAUGGCCUUACCUGUCCCAAGAGAGUACUAGCAUACAGGGGAAGUAACUGAAUAUCGAGGACCUACCUAAUCCUAGUGAGACCUAGUAUACAGGGAAAGUAACUGAUUAUCGAGGACCUACCUUAUCCUAGUGAGACCUAGUAUACAGGGAAAGUAACUGAAUAUCGAGGACCUACCUAAUCCUAGUGAGACCUAGUAUACAGGGGAAGUAACUGAAUAUCGAGGACCUACCUAAUCCUAGUGAGACCUAGUAUACAGGGGAAGUAACUGAAUAUCGAGGACCUACCUGAUCCUAGUGAGACCAUAUAUUAAUAGGAAGUUACCGCUGUCUAAUAACAAUUCGUACAUAUUUGUCAUCAAGCCGUAAUCUUCAUUUAUUCAAAUCGGAUCUAAUUUGUGCGCUUUUACGAGUAGUUUUACAAAUCUGAUUGUGUUCUUUGAUGUCUUUGUAGGCUUUGUCAGCGAAUACAUUUUGUACCGCAUAUUACAUUCAUAGACAUGCUUAACGUAAAUAAACGUUUAGACUUGUUAAUAAUGCAUGUAGGUUCAAAGGGUAUUAUUCUAGAACAGUU